AUAUUAAAAAUAAUAAAAUAAUGGAAUAAGCAAAAGCCUAGUGGAUAGAUAGAGCAGAGCCACCUUCCUUCACUUCACAAACCGCUCGGCGACAAAGACGACCAAGCCGAGGAACCCAUCCGACAGACACACAUCGAAGACUUUAAACUCUCCUCUCAGAUUCAGAAACCACAAGCUUGAACGGAGAAGAUUCGAAUUGUGCGAGGACAGUUGAUUCGGUUAUCUUCUGCAGCGGCAAUGGACUCCACCGACUCGUACGCGGCAGCUUCCCCUGAAGAGCUUACCAAGAGAUCCCCUGAACCUCAUGAUGAUUCGGAAGCUGACUCUGCUGAGAAGCCAACACACAUUCGGUUUCUUGUUUCCAAUGCGGCGGCUGGUUCAGUCAUUGGGAAAGGAGGCUCGACCAUCACUGAGUUUCAGGCUAAGUCAGGUGCUCGGAUCCAGCUCUCACGUAACCAAGAGUUUUUCCCUGGGACGACUGAUAGAAUCAUCAUGAUUUCGGGAUCGACUAAAGAAGUUGUCAGUGGACUGGAACUUAUCCUUGAAAAAUUGCACAGUGAGCUUCAUGCUGAAGAGGGUAGUGAUGUUGAGCCUAGGAGAAGACUAAGACUUGUGGUUCCUAACAGUUCUUGUGGAGGCAUUAUUGGAAAAGGAGGAGCCACCAUCAAGUCAUUCAUUGAGGAGUCUAAAGCUGGGAUUAAGAUAUCCCCUCUGGAUAAUACCUACUAUGGCUUGAGUGAUAGGCUAGUGACAUUAUCUGGAACCUUCGAGGAGCAGAUGCGGGCAAUUGAUUUAAUUUUGGCUAAGCUUACCGAGGACGAUCAUUACUCCCAGAAUAUACAUUCCCCAUACUCGUAUGCAGGUCUUUCCUACUCUGGUUUUCAUGGUCAUCCAUAUGCGUAUGUGCUUCCUUCUGUUGCAACAGCGGGAUACAAUUCGGCUAACUACGCACACAACGGUUCUGGAGGAAAGUAUCAAAACCACAAGGAAGAAGCUAGUACCACGGUGACAAUUGGUGUGUCGGAUGAGCAUAUAGGAUUGGUCCUUGGCCGUGGAGGAAGAAACAUCAUGGAGAUCACUCAGAUGACCGGUGCCCGAAUUAAAAUAUCAGACCGAGGUGAUUUCAUGUCUGGAACCACUGAUAGGAAAGUGAGUAUCACAGGAUCACAGAGAGCAAUCCAACAAGCUGAGACGAUGAUAAAACAGAAGGUUGAUUCAGCCUCGGAGAGAGCCAACGAAUAGAACCGAUAAAGAGUAUCCCCAUCUUGGUUCCGUUCCUAUCUCUGGUCUGUGUUUAUUUAUUGGCUGAGGCUAAAAAGCUUUUCAGAUGGGGAUCUCAAAUCAUCUUUGAGUGAGGCAGAGACUUCUCUCAGGGACCUGUGUUUCUUUCUUUCGUUUUGUGUUUAUGUCCUGAAGCAGAUUUGGAGCUAGAAGUACUAUUCUCAUUUGUUUUCUUUAGUAACUUAAUUUCAAUUUGUUGAAGUUUUGUUUCCCUUGAGUUCUUUCUGUCGUAACAAUUUUACAAUAAACCAACCAUUACAUUACAUUUGCUUUCGUUCAGUUA